AUGUGUGGCUCAACUUACUAUUGCAGGACGCUGAUCGAGGCCAACGAUCCACUUCAUCUUCGAUUUCGAUGUGAAUGCGGCCUCUUUGGGCAAAUGGCCCACGUCGCGCUGCCUGGCCUAACACACGCCAUGGCCCGAUCGAAGAAAGUAAUGGACAUGUUCCAGUUAGCCAAUGUCGCGUCCGUCUCAGAGGAGCAAUGUUGGGGCGACGAGAAGAAGGAGACUGAAUUGAGGAGGAAAAACUCACAGUUUAUCACCUCCUAUGGAUUGGCGCUGGCCAUGGAUGGACAUCGCCGUCGUUGCCAAUUAUAUGCCAAGAGGCUCGCCGCCGCGAAGGGGGUACGUUACGAACACCCCGCAAUUUUUCCGUGGGCAGUGCACUACAAUUUGAGUGAAAUUGUCAUGGAAGCUAUCUCUAUGCUGGAGCAGCUGGAAUCUCCAGCCCCUGCAAGAAGUACAGAGAGAGACGUCUUCAUUGCAGUGCCGGUGGCCUUCGCAAAGGUAAACGCCGAGAUCGGAUAUGAGGAUAAUAUCACUGUUUACAUCUACACGGAUUUCGGCACACUCGCUAAUAAGCUACUGAACCACGCGAUCACCAAGAGCAUUAUCGUCAUUUGGCCGCAGACAAUGCCCGAGAGCCGGCCCAUGAGGCAACUUCUCAUCAGCCUGGAAAGACAUCUAGCCGACGGAGGGGCGCUCGCAUUUUUCCCGUUCCCAUACGAGGAUUCUAAUGCAGCCGAAUGGAGGAGAAUGGGCGAAGUGUGUAGAGAAUUCACGCGUUACAUCACGGAUCCCCGAAGAAACUUCGAAGCUUUGGUACGAGAUCAUUAUUCGGAUGUGUUAGACGCUGCCCCUUACACCCAUCCCGCGGUCUGCUUGGGUACCACACCCCGACGCAACUCCACUUCGACCUUAACGGACAAGCAGAUGCUGCUGUUUCUUGAGAAGAUGCGCAUCACCAUUGCCGACCUCAUUCGUCUCCCUGAGUUCGACUUCGCAUCAACUCAGCUGAGGGAACAGCGGGCUCGCGAGAAAGCGCGCGCUAGGAAGCGUCAGGAAGCGCCAUCAGCAGCCCAUAACGUUCCAUCCCACACCUACCAACAGUCGACAUGCCAGCCCCCCACGCCGCCGUGA